AUCUUUCAGACAAGUCUGUAAGGACAAGAUCUUCUGUCUUGCCAUGGAUGAGUUUGAUAUUUACUGCAGAGGGUGAUAAAGCAACCCAGCUGAAAUAAUAAGGUUUCUUCGUAGAGAGGAGAGAGAAGAAGACAGAGACCCAUGAAGGAUCAAUAGUUUCAAGAGUGUUACAGAGAGAAAUAAAAACUGGACCCCUCGUUAAAAAGAAAGCUGCAAUCUUUCUGUUUCUCUGUGUCCCUCUUUCAGUUGGGUGAAGAAGACUUGCUCGGAGCUUUCCAAUAAAACUGAGGUACAUAAAUGAUGGUCUGAGCACAAGAUUUUGCAUGGCGAGUCAAAGAGUUGGAGAGACUGGUCUAUCAGAUUCAGGACCUUCAAAUUAUCCAGUCUUUCAUGGCAUCAGCCACCCCACCACCAAUUACAUUAAUCAACAGGGCUCUGCUUUUGAUUUCGGAGAGUUGGAACAGGCAAUUGUGCUCCAAGAAAUUAAGAAUAGAAACGAUGAAGCCAAAAGGACUUUUUUAACUGCAACCAGGCCAGCUGCUACUCUGGAAAUGUUCCCGUCAUGGCCAAUGAGAUUCCAGCAAACUCCAAGAGGAAGCUCAAAGUCAGGAGAGAGUACUGACUCAGGGUCUGCUCAGAAUACUCUAUCCUGUAAAGCCGAUUCUCAGUUGGAACCAGCAUCUCCUAUCAGUAAAAAGGGAUUGGAUCAGUCUAUCGAUCAGAAACCGAUUCAGCAACAACACAAAGUAGAAAUGGCAAACGAUACAUCAAGAGCAGGACUUUCACCAAAUCAACAAGCCAAACAACCGGAAAAGAGAAGAGGAGCCAGUUCAACUUCAGAGAAAACACUCGAUGCAAAGACACUAAGGCGGUUGGCUCAGAAUAGAGAAGCAGCAAGAAAGAGCCGACUGAGAAAAAAGGCUUAUGUACAGCAGCUAGAGUCUAGUAGGAUAAAGCUUACUCAGUUAGAGCAGGAGCUUCAAAGAGCAAGAUCUCAGGGUCUCUUCUUAGGAGCCGGUGGUGCAGCGGGUGGAAAUAUCAGUUCCGGAGCUGCGAUAUUCGACAUGGAGUAUUCAAGGUGGUUAGAGGAUGAUCAGAGGCACUUGUCGGAGCUCCGGACAGGGCUGAACGCUCAUUUGUCGGACGGCGACCUCCGGGUAAUAUUAGACGGAUAUCUAGUUCACUACGACGAGAUUUUCCGGCUGAAGGCUGUUGCUGCCAAAUCUGACGUCUUCCACCUCGUUACCGGAAUGUGGGCAACUCCGGCGGAGCGCUGCUUCCUCUGGAUGGGUGGCUUCCGGCCAUCGGAACUCAUUAAGAUAUUGACGCCUCAGCUGGACACAUUGACGGAGCAGCAGUUCAUGGGCAUAUGUGGUCUGCAGCAAUCCUCACAGCAGGCAGAGGAGGCCCUCUCUCAGGGUCUGGAGCAGCUCCACCAGUCUCUCUCCGACACCGUCGCAACCGGGGCUCUCAGCGACGGGACCCUGGUCCAGAACUACAUGGAUCAGAUGGCCAUCGCAUUGGGCAAGCUCUCAAACCUCGAAGGGUUCGUUCGACAGGCUGAUAAUUUGAGGCAGCAAACGCUUCAUCAGAUGCGUCGGAUUCUGACCAUUCGACAAGCUGCAAGGUGUUUCUUGGCAAUUGGGGAAUAUUACAAUAGAUUACGAGCCCUCAGUUCCUUGUGGGUUUCUCGCCCUAGAGAGAAUUUGAUCAGUGAUGAGAAUUCAUGCCAGACCACGACGGAGUUACAGAUGGUUCAGUCGGCACAAAACCAUUUUUCAACCUUCUGAUCGAGAACACGUUAAUUGCAGCAAGUCUCCUUGCUGCUCAUUAGCCAUUGAAGAGUUCUUUUCUCUUUCUCUCUCUCUCUUUUUUUUGCUUUCUCUUUUAAUCUUUUAUAUUUCUUGUAAUAGUUCAUAUCGAUAUGUCAUGUAAAUGUCAAUCAAUUUCAUGUGCCGUAAGAAAGCUUCUAUUUAACCACA